AUGCUAGAGACUUGUUCGAACAGCCUGCGAGACAAAAAAAACAGAGUCUCAAGCAAAAGAAAUAAUGAAAAGACAGUUGUCUCUUCUGUAACAGUCACCCAAGACGAGUGUCGAGUGAACAUCUCCAGUUUUACUUUGUACACUGCCAUCAUGACAAUUCCUAACGAGGAAAAGGAUGGAUCUCUUCACUGUGGGAAGUGGCUACAAGUGGCAGUCUUUUCAUAUCCACUUCAUCCAGAUGUGGUGCACCAUCAGACUCGUAUUUAUUUCUUAAAUAAAACACCAUGUGCACUGCAGUGGGCUAUCCAGAAUGAGUCCAAAUUUGGAGGUUCUAUGUGUUGCCCAGAAAAGGUCUUUCUAUUUCAUGGUAGUCACUCGGAGAAUGGAAAAGAUAUGAUGAUCCGAGCAACAUAUAUGUCAGAAAACUGGGAACUAAUUGACGACGUAGACGAUUCGAACAAGAUUCCGUUUCUCUAUAUUUGGCACGGAAAAUGUCCCUAUGCAUCUAUAUGCUUCCGGCGCAAGUCUACAACAGAUCAGGACUGCUUACAAGAAUUGAUUCUUCAGUUUUUUAUCUACCAAGAAAAUAUGGAGGAUGCCGGCGAGAAGCUUACUUUACAGACACUCCCUGUAUUAAGACCUUGCAGAUUAUCUGAUGACACCUGUGAAGACAGGGUGUGCAUGAAACACGGGGUUUCACAAAUCAGUAUUAAUGUAUCGCUAAACAAAGGCAUUGAUCAAUUGGAUCUGUACAAGGUAGCCAGCCAACUGAAGUGCCGACGGAUUCCACAAGACCUUCGUUUGAAAUUGCGUCUUCUUCUUGAUCCUUCUUGUCCAUUUGGAAACAACUGGAAAUUCCUUGCUUCUGCAAUGGGACUUGAUUCAAGCAUUCGCUACUUGUCGACAUUUGAAUCACCCACAGAAGAACUUAUGGAUAUUUUAGAGCAGAACAUGAAUAGCCUGGACGAUCUACGUGUUUAUCUGCAGGACAUUGACCGUUUGGAUGCGAUGAAAGAAGUUGAGGACUUCAUUGAAAAAACUGCUGAAAACUGUUGA